GGUUUGUGCGCAAAUUAGGCCUCUCUGUCAGACGAACCAAUCAAAACGGAAAACGGAUAUUGAUCAUUUGCAUGCAUCCUCCUUAUUUACCAAAAAUGCCGGAGAAGCAAAUAGAGCUCGGGGAAUUAAGCCCCUCGAUAGCAGGCAAGGAAAACAGCAUGACUCUGACAGCCGACCAGGCAGUGGAGAAGGCGGGAGGUUUUGGCUGGUAUCAGCUCCGCGUCUUCGCGGUCAUCAGCUACGCCGUAAUUUUCUGCAGCUGUGUGCUGAUGGUGAUGACGUUCAGUACAGCGGAACCCCCCUGGCAAUGCGUAGCUAACAGCUCGUGUAACUUCACCGGGACCUUUAAACCGGGGGAUGCUAAUUAUGAAAAGCGCUGUUUGAUGGCCCGGGAUCAGUGGGAAUUCGCCAUAGAUGCAGGGUUCGACUCUAUUGUCACUGAGUGGGACCUGGUUUGCUCGAAGUCUAUGUACGCGACAAUUGCCAAUUCGAUCACGUUUAUUCUGUGGAUAUUUGGUGCUAUGGCUGGCAGUAUUAUUAGCGACAAAUUUGGUCGCAAAAUCGUUGUCUUCCCGUGUGUAAUCUUCGCGUCCUUGUGUGGCUUGGCAUCUGCAUUUGCGAACAAAUACUGGGUGUUUGCACUGUUCAGGGCUCUGCUAGGCGCCGGUAUAGGUGGUUACUCAAUCUGCGGCUUUGUCCUUGUCAUGGAAUACAUUGGUAUACGACACCGAAGCAUUGUGGGAUUCUGCGUGUGGUAUCCAUGGAUACUGGCACUAUUCAUGCUCGCGUUGCUAGGAUACUUAAUCCCGAGCUGGCGAACCCUAUCCAUCAUUACUAGCGCGCCUGGUCUUCUUUUUUUCGUCUUUUGGUGGUUCACUCCUGAUUCCCUACGCUGGUACCUCGUGAAGGGGAAGUUUGACGAUGCCAAAAAAGUCCUUGUAGAUGUCGCCAAGGGCUGUGGGAAUAAUUACACCAAACAAGACUUCGAGUUUGAAGAGGAACACACAUUUAAUAUAGAACAUGAAAGGCUUGGCGACAUCAGAGACCUGUUUCAUUCGCGCUCCAUGGCGCACAGGACACUUGUCAGCUGGUAUUGCUGGUUGGUCAGCGGUUUGGUAUAUUACGGAAUCAGUCUCAGUAGCACCACCAUUGGCGGCGACAUGUACCUCAACUUCUUCCUGUCUGCGUUAUUCGAGGGAAUCGGCAUGGCAAUAGGAAUUCCUCUUCUCGACAGGUUUGGCAGGAAGAAAACUAUAGUAGCCUCAAUGUACGUUGCAGCGUUGGCAGCAAUCGUAGCAGCACUUCUCAGCCAAUAUGAUGAUGGCAGUCAAGCAAUGCUUGUUGGCAAGAUAAUCUCAGCCAUGGUGAUCGCCAAGUUCUUCGUGACGAUUGCAUUUGAUGGUGUCUACGUCUACUCGUCAGAGUUGUUCCCAACAGUCGUAAGGAACACGGCAAUGGGGACGUCUACUUCAGCGGCACGAAUUGGUUCUUUUGCUGCCCCAUUCACUGUAUACUCGCAAAAAGUCCAUCCCAUGAUGCCUUUCGGGAUCAUGGCCCUGAAUGCGCUAAUUUGCGGCAUUCUCUGCAUGACUCUUCCCGAGACCAAGGACAAACCGCUGCCCGAUACCGUCAAGCAGACCGAGGAGUCCCCGUGCGAGUAUGCAUUCGAGGCUGAUCAAAAUGGCUACAUUGUCGAGGAGAAAUUGCUCCAACCCUUCCCCACACAGCAUGUCAGUGCUGCUUGAUAGACACAGGGCUCCCACACACAGCAUGUCAGUGCCGAUUGAUAGACACAGGGCUCCCACACACAGCAUUUCAGUGCCGAUUGAUGGACACAGGGCUCCCACACACAGCAUGUCAGUGCCGAUUGAUGGACACAGGGCUCCCACACACAGCAUGUCAGUGCCGAUUGAUGGACACAGGGCUCCCACACACAGCAUGUCAGUGCCGCUUGGUGGACAAAUGCCCAAUAGAGUGCGCGAUAAAAAAAUAGGUUUUCUUAGAAAGCGUGAAUAUGUCCAUCAUUUCACGCAAAGCAUCAAUUCAAAUCGCUUGGCUUGAAGUCAAAUUUGUUUUUCAGUCUUUGGCCUCGUCUAUACUCAUUCGAAUUCAAAAUGGCGGUCGCAAGCGCGAAAUCAAAAGGUGACGAUAUAACGUUGGCCGUGCAGCCAAAAGACGCCUGGGGAAGAGGCCAUUUAGUAUUAGUUGUUUUAUUCUCAUCAUUGGUUCUCUGAUGAACACAUUGUUUUCGUCAUCAGACUACAACCCCCCAAGAUUAGAAUCCUGAGUCAAUCUAUAUAUUGGUUAUAAAAAAUAAACAUUUUAAGAUGAA